AUGCCUUGCCUGGACGAAUUCCCUGCCUACCGAUUCUGGUACGUGCGUUAUUGUGGUGAAGUGGAACAACCGACCUGGUGGUAUCGUUGCCGUUUUUGGUACGCAUUCAUUUUGCUCUGCUCCUUCGGUCCACUUCAAGUGCUAUAUCUCGUCCGAACUCCUGCGUUGGAUCUGAUGGUCACCUGUGAAGAGAUCAUGCUGCUACAGUUGUUAGCGACAGUGGUACUGAAGUUCAGUCUGUUCGUGACUCGUCGCGAUGAGAUAUACGAUCUGGUAGAGGCGUUCAAACGCAUUCAAAAAGGCUUAACGGCGGAUGAGUUUGUACGGCUGGUGAAGUGCAACGUUGUGCAUGCCAAACUGGCACGGCUGUACGUGAUCGGUACAACGAUAGUGCUUAUAUUGUACGAGCUGAACGCGAUUGUAACCAGCGUAACAGUAUCAUUGCAGCAACAGCACCUCCAUUUUGAGACACCGUUCAACUUCCCAUUUGAUUUUCAACAUCCGGCCCUGUAUGCGUUAUGUUUUUUGCAUAAUUUGGACGCAAUGUUGAUAACCGUUUUCAUCAGCGUAACGAUUGACGCAUGCUACUCCGAGAUGGCCAGCAACUUAUCUAUUCACUUCGACAUUGUUAAGGAGCGGUUCGAAAAGCUUAAUAUUUCUGCUGAACAACCGAUGGCCGAACGUGAGCUGCAUGAGGUAAUUUCGUACCACAGCGAUGUGUUAACUUUGGCCCAACGGAUGACGCAGCUCUUUCAAGAAUCGGUAUUCUAUUUGCUGCUCCUGCUCUCAACAAUAUUGUGUCUGUUGGGAUAUGAGUUUGUUAUGAUUAACAAUAUUUACAAACGAGCACAGGUGGCCACUUUGGCUGGUAUCAUGAUCGGGCAGGCCAUCAUCUAUACCUAUCAUGGAUCGGUGAUCCGCGAUCAGAGUGUCAAUGUAUCGGAUGCAAUUUAUGGAACCAACUGGUACGAAGCAACAACCGAUACGAAGAAACAAAUACACUUUAGCUUGAUGCGCGCCCAGAAACCGGUAAUCGUAAAGAGUGGCUUCAUAGAGGCCUCAUUGCCAACGCUCAAAAAGAUUCUUAGCUCUAGUGGAUCAUACAUAACUAUGCUGAUGUCCCUGGAGCCUGAUGUUUCCAACUAG